CUUUAAUCCGGAAGAGGACGUAAUGCAGGUGAAAUUUUAUGGAUUGAUUUUAAAAUAUCGUAGAAUUUUAACAUUAUUGAGGAGGUAUGUUGAUACUGCUGUUCAAUAAAAAGUUCUAUGGUGGCAAAGUAACACUGACCACUACUAGUACAUCAUACAAUGGCAACAGCAAUCGUACCAACAGAAGAGAAAACCAAUGGUUUCAGACUGUUGUCCUUGGUGAUAGAUGGAGGAACAUUAGUUUUAAGGCACACAUUUGAUCAAGCUAUUCCACCUAAAACUUUAUGCAGUAAGCUAGCUGAUGUUGAAGUACGCACAAAGUUGAAUGAGUUAAAGAAGACAGGUAAAAUUACAGCAGAUCAAUGGCGCCUACUUUACCCACAGGUGGGUAAACCCGAUUCAGCAAAAUUUGACAUCAGCCUCUUAACUUGUUUACUUCAUCACAUAUGUGGUCUAAACGAGCACUCCCGUUCAUGGCAAGGCAUUCCGUCUUCAAUGGAUAUUUCGUUGGAGGCAGACAUUCAGAAAAUGAGGCUUUGGAGAAACGAGAUGAGCCAUUCUAAAUCAAUGUCAUUCUCAGAUCAGACAUUUCUACACAAAUGGAGCGAAAUUGAGCAGGUUAUCCUCCGACUUGGAAAAGAUAUUCCGACACUAAGGAAUGAUAUUCACAUGCUUAAGGAAAGUAGCAUUGAUCCAAAGAGGGAAAAGUACUACCAGGAGAAAUUGAAAGAAAGUAACGAAAUUGACACCAUCAGAACUAAGGUUACGGAGAUUGAGAGUAAUGUUCAGGAUAUUGAACAGAAACUAGAAGGUACGAACAUACAACAACAGGACAUAUACCUACGACAAGGAAACCUUGAACAAAAACUUACAGAAGACAGUGUCAAUAGGGAUGUGCAACAGAAAAGUAUUAGUGAACGUCUAAGUGAAUCCGAAACGAAAGCCAAUCAACUGAAAGAAUCAUUUGCUCAGCUCUCUCAGGUAACGGAGGACAAGAUUCGUCGAGUAUCAUCGAAACUGGAUGGCUUACGUUCUAUGACAAGACUUUAUGUGGAAGAUGCACAUCGAGACGAAGUUUAUGUUGAAACAAGUGCUCAUAUUAAGCCUAAAGAAACGCUGAAUAAGACACAUUGCUUGAUUUUGUCUGGGCUUCCUGGAGAGGGUAAAACAACGAUGGCAACGAAACUGAUCUCUGAGGUUUCACAUGUGAAUUCCGUUUUGAAACUAAGAGAACCUUCAGACUGGAAACAUGUUGAUAUCAGUAAAAAUCAGUUCGAUAUAAUAUUUAUCGAUGACAUAUUUGGAGCGGGAUCUUUCGAUGAAAAUUUACACCAGGGCUGGUCAAAACUAUUGCCGGAAAUUGAAAAAGCAGUAUCUGCGAAGAAAAUAAGUGUGAUAAUAACAACCCGGCAUUACAUCCUAGAGGAAGCGAGGGAGAAAAUGCGUCGCCUGCAUCUGUUCAUAGAUGAAAAUGUAAUUGUUCUUGAUUCCACAACGUUGACUUCUGCAGAGAGAGCGCAGCUGCUAGUAAAACACCUCCAGCAUGCAGAUAAGUCAUGUUUGCCUGGUUUCAUCAGCCAAUGUAAUUCCGUAUAUGACAGCUCAUUUUCGUGUACAAAUUACCGAUAUAUGCCAGCACACAAUUUUGAUACUAGUACAUACAUAUGGGGUGGAAAACGGAUAGGAUUUCCAGAAAUCGUUAAUAUAUUUGCGAAUACAGAUCAACUGUAUAAACAAGGAGCCUCUUUCUUUGAAAAACCAGUAGCGUUCUUCAAAGGAUGCAUGGAAGAUCUUUUUCUUGAAGAAGAUAAAUAUCUUGCGUUGAUCUUGAUUUGGUGCAGACCUCAUCAAGAACUGCAAGUUAAUGACCUAAUGUCAGCUGAUAUUAAAACAACAAUAAACAAAUUUAAUUUCGAGUUAAAGGGUGAACUUUUGAAAGUACUACGCAAAUCGUUGAAAUACCACUCAGGUGGUUUCUUGCAGUUCGACUCAAGAUCUGGUAAAUAUUCAUUUUGUCACAAUAUUGUUAAAGAUAUGGUUGGGCUUGUUGCGGGCCAAGAAUAUCCCGAAGCAGUAAUAGAGUUCGCAAAUGAAGAAUUUAUCAAGCAAUAUGUUACAACAGAUAAAGAAAAGGUUGAUGGAUUUCAUUUGUAUAUAGAAGAAUACAGAUACGAGUGUCUUAGAAGAAAAAUUUGCGCCGAUGUUACGUCGUCAAAAUAUGACCGUGUAUACAAUCUUUGUGCUGGUUCCUUUCGUUUGCGUUCAACCCCUAUUUUUUUGGCAAACAUUUAAACUCCUCAGUUAUUUCCCAUGAUUGUUUCAGCAACAGGUCUUUCAUUGCUUCAUUUUACCAAAGCAAAGAGGGAAAAGAAAUUUUGUCAAAACCAGUCGCUUCACUGUCAACAUU